AUGGAUGAGGAUGCCGAUUAUCUGGAACUGCUAAGGUUGCUUUCACGUUACGAUCUCCUGCUAGAACAGCUGCAAAAGACGAUGGGAGAAGGGUUUCAGAACCUUGGAAGAGCCAAUUACCACAAUAAAAAUGCUCUGAGGGGCAGGUACGGUUCAGAUUACUGGGACGAGUGUUACGAGGGUCAAAUAGCUGUCGAAAGGCAAAACGACGGCAGCGUAAGUAUCGUAAAACUGGCCUUGGCGGACGAAUCUGAAGAGAUGCCCGAUGAAGACGAGAAAGUGGACGAGAAAUUGCAUGAAGAGGCAUUGCUACGCAGGAGGAACCAAGCCAAGCAGAGAAAAUUGCAAAAAACUCGGCAUAGGGAACCUCUUACAAUGUUUGGUGGCAUUUUCUCUGUUCCAACAUCGCUAAGACAAUGUCAAACAAGCUUCAAAGGUGCUAUUCCACUAGUGGAAGAACUGAUCAACUGCAAAUUAGCCACGAAGAGAUUGCUUGACAACCUGGAAGAGCGUAACGGCGUUGGUGACAUUUCAAGACAUUAG